AAUUAAUAAUGUGCCUCGUGGUAUUAUUUUUCUCCUUUUUAUGCGUAUAAUCAAGCAAGCUUUAGAUUGAAUCAAGGUCAGGUCCAGCUUCUUUGAUCGCUCUGCUCUGUUCAGCUUUAAGCUUUGCCAAGUCCGUCAUUGGAUUAGUUGAAAACGUCCGUGUGAAAUACUGGAUUUGAGAGUCCAGUUAUGCAUUCAUGGAGUGAAACCAUGAUGAAAAUCGCACGACACUUUAGACUUGGGUGGAAGAGCAUUAUUGCCAUAUCAGUCUCGGCAGCAGUGGUCGGCAUCUUUCUGCUUAUGCUUGCGAUCUUCUUCUUUCUGAGAUACAAAAAGAAAGUGGUCAGAUCAGAGGGAGAUGUGGGUGAAGGGCAGGAGCAGCACAACCUUGUGAUGUUUUACAGUCCCAUAACUUACCCAAAUGUACUGGAGGCCACUGGACAAUUCAAUGAAGAGCAUGUGUCGAGCAGAACAAGGUAUGGAAUUGUGUUUAAGGCUUGUUUUGAAGAUGGGACAGUGCUUUCAAUAAGAAGAUUGCCUGAUGGCCAAAUCUCUGAAGAAACGGUGUUCAGAGAGGAGGCAGAGGCUCUUGGAAGGGUGAAACACCCGAAUUUGACAGUCUUGAGGGGAUAUUAUGUUGAUAAGGAUGUGAGGCUUUUGGCCUAUGAUUAUAUGCCUAAUGGGAACCUGGCUACUCUUCUGCAAGAGGCCUCACACCAAGAUGGGCACAUCCUUAACUGGCCUAUGAGGCACCUCAUUGCUCUAGGGCUAGCCAAGGGCCUUGCCCACCUCCAUUCUUAUUUGGACACUCCAAUCGUUCAUGGAGAUGUCAAACCCAGCAAUGUGCAGUUUGAUGCUGACUUUGAAGCCCAUCUUUCAGAUUUUGGUCUGGAUAAGCUCUCAGUGAGGUCCAUGGAUGAUAAGACUGUUGGGUCUUUUGGGUAUGUUUCUCCUGAGGGGAAGUUGAGGGGAGAGACAACAAAGGAGGGGGAUGUUUACAGCUUUGGGAUUGUUCUGCUGGAGCUUCUGACUGGCAGAAGAGCUGUCAUGUUCAUCAAAGAUGAAGAACAAGGGGAGGAUGAGAUGGAUAUUGUGAAAUGGGUCAAGAGGCAAUUGCAAACAGGGCAGAUAUCAGAGCUGUUCGAUCCAAGUCUUUUGGAGGUGGAUCCUCAAUCCUCUGAAUGGGAGGAAUUCCUGUUGGCUGUCAAAGUGGCAUUGCUCUGCACUGUCAUGGAUCCUCUUGAUAGGCCUUCCAUGACAGAAGUUGUCUUGCUGCUUGAGGGAUGCAGGGUUGCUCCAGAUUUGCUCCCUUCUUCCUCAGAUCCUACUUCCCAAACCUCCCCAGUUUGAAGUUUUCUGAACCUUGUCAUUUAUGUUUCCAUUCAUUGUUCUGGUCAAUACAGACUACAGAGCAAGACAGUAGCGAGGAGAAAGAGGCGGGAAGAUCUAACUAAAAGUCUGUAAAAAUGGACUGACAGGGAGAAAAAGGAAAGACAUUCACAGGCCAUUUAAUGGUCAUAUUCAAGAGAUUUGUUUAUUUUGCCUGACGCCUGGCAAAUUAAUGGCCAUAAUAAAAAAUGUUCUUGUGGAA